AUCAAAAAAUUGCUCAAACAAACGCGAAGAGCUGCCAAAUACCAACAUUCAAUAAAGUGAGUGUGUUGUGAACGGACCGUUGAAUGCGGAUAUGAAUGUGUGUCCGACGGCUAUUGAAUGAACGGAAGUGGAAAAGCGCGCGCACAUAGACACAAAGUUAAAACAGUACAAUAACAAAAACACCUGUGCCCAGUUACUGUGUAUACAUACGCUUAAAAGGAAAUAUUCUGAAUAAAGUUUGCACACAAAAUACCAAAUUAAGGUGGAUUAGCUAUACAAGCAAAAGAAAAUUUGAAAUUAAAACUAUUGUGACAAAGAAAAAUACACAAAUUGCCUCCUCAGCGAAUGCAUGCUAAUUAGGGGAUACUAAACGUAAACCGCAACAACACACACAACAGACUUCUACCUAUCGUAUCAGCUAUCAGCAGCAGUCAUAGCAAUAAAUUCUGCAAUAACAACAAACCCAAAGUCAGUGACGUUAGCAAGUGACACCGAGCCUUCAGAUGUUAUAAUUGACGACCUUAAGUACCUGUGCACGGCUGCCCCUGAGUAGCUGCAUAUGCAUGCAUAUUUGUGCGUCGUGCAUUAUACAUACAUACGCAUAUACGAAUGUCUGAACACUUGUGAGUGUGCUUGAUAUCUGCAAUUGACAUUCGAUGUCAUAGGCGAAUUGCACUCGCUUCACUUUUAUUGUGCCAUUUGUUGUGUUUGUUGUUUUUAGUUGACUGUUUUUCAUUCAUAUGUCUUAACUGUUGUUGUUGUUCUUGGUAGUGGCAUAACAGGUGUAAAUAUAUAGUAUGUGUUUGUUGUUGGCGUUGUAUUAUGUUAUGUGGUUAGCUCGCUUUUCAGUAUCCAAGGGAUACUACAUUUUGAUUGCACACACGCUCGUACAUGUAUAAACAUGUAUGUGCAUGUGCAAGUAAGGGAGGGUGGUUUUUGUAGUGAUUUUCGCCUUAUGAGCUCUGUAAGCCAAGAAGUAUAAAUAAAUGUGGGCAGUUCAAAAGAAUAUGCACUGCGCUGGCAAAAAUCAAUAAAGCAAAGUAAAUUCUUAUAAAAAACAAAAAAAAAAAAAAACAAAAUAUAAAAGAAAAUCAGGAUUGCAUUACAUUGUUGUUCUUCUGUAUCCGCAGUGUGAAAAUUCAGACAUACUGAGCUACAAAAAGGCGGUGUCUGCUAGAAAGAAAGAAAGAAAGUGAAAAGAUCACGUGCCGAAUAAAAUAAAAAAAAUUAAAUUGCAUGUGAAGAGUACGAAACGACCGUAAUAAAUAUAUACUCCUAUGAAUUUCAAUAAAAAAUACGUACAAGUAAGCCUGUGCGCUUAUUUUGUAUUUUAGGGAAAGUGAAAUUUAGUGCAAAUUAUUUGUAAGUGCAUAGCAACGCAAAUCGACAGGAUACCCGACUCUACACUGCUGGUGUAUUGGAAAGCGUUCGCAGUUCGCAGACCGAAAGUAAGGCGGUCAGUAUUCCAGUAGGAAGAAUGCUUAUACGAAGCUACAUGCAAUUUUGAGAGCCAAGCCCAGAAAUUAUAGCGCAUUGUACACGGGUAUCAAGGAAAAUCUGUUAAAGGUGACAUCAGUAGACUGGCCGAUUUGAUUUGAUUUCUUUCACUGUGUAUCAGAUUAAUGUCACCUCCACACAAUCAACUUGGCUGUUGUCACAAGUGAAUCGCUAUUGUUUUUACAUCCACACCUCGUUAGAACAUUUCGCACCAAAAUCAUACAACGCGUAGCAUCAUGACCUUCUACUGGUGGUCACAUUGGUUCUGGAUAACAACUCUGAGCGCUAUCCUUUUGAGCAUAACAAUCGUGCAGACAUAUCCAAGUCAAGAGAUUUCCUUAAAGUACAAUCAAAACAGCAAAUCCGUGAAGGAUACAAUUACGAAGCUACAUCAGACGACGGCAUCCACAGAGUGGUCCACAACGACGACAGCGGCGACAACAACAACCACUACUCCCCGACAGAGCACAGAAGAGAACGCAAGUGUGGAACCUUUGCCACAACAAAGCCAAAAAGAUGAUGCGAAAGGUAGUGGUGAAGAACUGUCGUCGGAGAAAGUCGACAGUAGCGCAGUGGCACAGAACGGCAGCGAAAUAGAGCAAAAGACUGCUGCGGAACAGGAAAACGUGGUAGAGAAUGAGAACACACCCAGCACGAAGCAGUUUGAAUAUAAAAGAUCUGCUGAAAGUUUCAAUAAAACCUUAAACGAUGAUAAAGACGAUGAUAUGGCCGUUGAGGAGCCAAAAGUUGCCGCAGUCGUAGCUGAGCAGAGAUCGGCAGCGGUAGAGGAAGAGACACUAAAGCUGAAACGUGAUGAUACAGAAAUGAGUAAUUAUACGAACUUCAGUCGGACUUCCGUCGAUGCGGGGUCUAAUGCAACUUGCAUGAGCUGCAACACUACAACUCACGAGUCCAAUAGUACUACAGCGGCCACCCACACCUUACAGGCGCCCAAACCAGAAAGCAUACCCACAAGCAGCUCAACAGCGUCACCCGGGACGCAAAAAUCACGCUUAGACUCUAUGCACUCCGAGACUUUGGAGUGGUUGAGUGCGAUGGCUGCAGCUGCAGCACUACCAGCGCCCAAGCUGCUUACCAAUGCGCCGCAAUCGGAUGAAAUCGAUCGUGAGACGGUAAGUGCCACAACAGAGUCGGCGACGGCAGAACAACGCGUACCCUUUACGUUGGAGAAUGUCAACAAGGAGGAGGAACUGCGACGCGCCGAAAAUGAACAUCGGUCACGCAAAUCGAAAGUGCUAUCGGCGGAAUAUAAGCACAUCAAUCGGUUCAUCAACUACUCAGCCGAUUCGAAAAGCCUGCUGACGCGCAGCGCAUCAACGGCACCCAAUGAUUUCGGUGGUGUCGAAGAGGGUAAUAUCUCCUCGGAGGCGUUAUCGAUACAGCGCACCUACUUUCUGGACGCCGGUGCCAUUUCGGCCAUUUGCUUCACCAUUUUCGGUGUAUGCUGUACGGUUGGCACGAUUGGCAUAGUGCUCUAUCGGCGUAGAUACCUCAAUAAGCCGCAAGCGCUCAGUGAGCCUGACUCGAGUGUCUACAUCGAUGAUAGCACGAUGCGUUUAAUUUCUUUUGAUGAUUUGCAGGAUAAUUCCGAUGAGAUGUACAGUUUGGAUAAUGACUCAUUUCUCAAUUCGUUGGAGGCGAUGACAAUACAAAACUACUGGACCGACACCGUUAAACAUACAAAGCUUUAAUUUCGUUUACAAUGGAAUAUACCUAAUAUAUACAUACAUACUUACAUACAUAUAUACGUGCCGAUGUGCGGGCGAACACAUGCAUAUAUAAUUAGAUAAACACAUAUACAUACAUACAUAUGUAUAUUAUAUUAGGGUGGAUCAAUUUGUAUGAAAGGAUGUUUUCGACGUUGUGUCAAGCAGAUUUGGAUAAUACAUAAAAUUCUAUGAAAAACGCAUAAAAC